AGUGCUGGGGGAGGAGGUGGCGGCGGUGGUGGUGGAGGAGACGGUGGAGGCGGUGGGGCCACGAGUGGUGGCGGAAACGUUGGAGGGGGCGGGACCGCAGGGAACGGGAUUUCCAGCGGCGAUUUCCUCCGUAGAAGUCACCCCCUCUCGGAGCAUACGGCCCUGCAUCCCACCUACCGGCUCAACUACAUGGACCACCUUUAUCAUCAGCUUCAGGCCUCCACGCACAGUCCAAGCGCCUCGUUACACGGACUGGGUGGUUUGGGGCCAGAGUAUAUACUCCAUGCAACAGGGCCAUCGAGUACAUUAGCAUCGUCAGAAUUUCCCUUUUCCAUUGACGUUUCAGCAUCGUCGAGAUUAGGAAGUCCAAGAGCAUCGGCGAUUAGAGCCAGCCGUAAACGGGCACUAAGCAGUUCACCAUACUCCGAUCGCUUCGACAUCGACAGCAUGAUUAGAUUCAGUCCAAAUAGUUUAGCGUCCAUCGUUAAUGGCUCAAGAAGUAGUAGUGCAAGUGGCAGUUAUGGUCACUUAUCGGCCGCCAUGAGCCCAGCUUUAGGUAUGCACCCUGGCAUGGCGCCUCAUUUGCAGCAGCUUCAGGCACACCUUUUGAGAAGCGCCGCCGCGGCGGCUCUUUUGCCUCACGCGCAUCCUUUGCAACCGCCUGCACCACCGCCAUUGCCUCCACACCCUCAUUCUCACCCUCAUGCGCACGGUCUGUCACCUCACUCGCAACUUUAUCCUUGUGUACCACCUCAUUCUACGGCAUCGACGACCCUUGCUCCUCAUGGAGGAUUGCCGCCAAAGAGUGAGAACGCAGAAUCCUGUAGGAAAGCGUCAGAGACAUCUUCAAGAUCAGUCACGGCGGAAGCAGAUACAUCUUCGAGAAGAACGUCUACCAAGGUUAAAAGAGAACCGGCAACAACUACCACCAAUACAACGACAACUGCUCCACCAACUCAUCCUCAAGGACUGAGUCCUAGUGAGGAUCUUCGAGAUGAACCUGGUGAUUUUAUUGAAACGAAUUGUCAUUGGAGAGAUUGCGGCCUUGAAUUUCCAACUCAGGAUGAUCUUGUGAAGCAUAUUAAUAAUGAUCAUAUACAUGCCAAUAAAAAGAGCUUUGUUUGUGGUUGGGAAGAAUGUUCAAGAGAGGAAAAGCCUUUUAAGGCACAAUAUAUGUUAGUGGUACAUAUGAGAAGGCAUACCGGUGAAAAACCUCACAAAUGUACGUUUGAGGGUUGUUUCAAGGCAUAUUCAAGACUAGAGAAUUUAAAGACACAUUUGAGAUCUCACACAGGUGAAAAGCCAUAUACCUGCGAGUAUCCAGGUUGUAGCAAAGCAUUUAGCAAUGCUAGCGACCGAGCGAAACAUCAGAAUAGGACACAUUCGAACGAGAAACCGUACGUCUGUAAAGCACCUGGCUGUACAAAAAGGUACACGGAUCCUUCGUCUUUGAGGAAACACGUGAAGACAGUCCACGGAGCGGAAUUUUAUGCCAAUAAAAAGCAUAAAGGUGGUGGCGGAGAUGGCGGUGGAAGCGACGAAGCAGGUGCAGGAGGACAUAGUCCUAGUAGAAGCGAAGACUUACAUCCCAAGACACCGAGUUUAUCGAGUCCUAGCGUAAAAUCUGAGAGCGAGGCCAAUAGUCCACCUGGUAUGAUGCAACAACAAGGAAGUCCUCUUAUUGGAGGUUGUAACGAUGAAGUGACCGGUGUUGGUACUCUUACUAAUGACGGAGCUAAUCUCUCUGAAGAACCAUGGACCGAAGAACCUGACGAUUUAGACAUAGCUGAUCUUCCAAUAGCUCUUCGUGCUAUGGUUGGUGGAAUAGAAUCUCAACAGCAACAACAGGUAGCAACAGCUACUUCGAGGAAUCGUAUGAAGGGAAGAUUAAAUGCUAAGGGUGUACCAACGCUUCCGGUUAGCGUGUCCGGUAUGAGAGGCGUUCGUGGCAUGGGUGCUCAAAGUAAUAUCGGUGAUUUGAACAGAAGGAUCACAGAUUUAAAAAUGGAAGGUGGUGUUCCAGCCCGUCAAACCAGCUUAUCGGAUUUGCAGCUUAGAUUGCAACCUUUGAGCGAACCAAGGAGAGACAGCAACAGUACUGUUAGUACGUAUUAUGGCAGUAUGAGAUCAACUGAUUUUGGUAGUAGAAGAAGUAGUCAGGCUAGUGGCAUUAGUGCCGUAAGAACUGGAGCUACUGGACCAGGUAGUUUCUACGAUCCUAUUAGUCCUGGUACUUCUAGAAGAAGUAGUCAAAUGAGCACCACGUCUGGUAGAAUUAAUCCUCCGAGUCAUAUACAAGGACCUUAUUCUACCAGUAAUCUGGUUGUACAAACACGGAACAUGUCGUUGCAGGGUAUCCAAGGCAAACCAAACGAUUGGAACAAUCCCAGUGAACAUUGUACUCAACCUUCCGGUGAUCGACGAAUGUCUGAACCUGCAAGAGGUCAUCAGGCACAUAGAACAUCUCCACCUAUGCCACCGAGACCAAGGUCGGCACAAUUGCCAGAACUUCAUCCAAAUCAAGAAGUUAUUUUGGAUGAAGUUGGGGAAGGUGAAAUGGUGGAAAACAAGCUUGUCAUUCCAGACGAAAUGAUGCAAUAUCUGAAUCAAGUACAAGCAGGUGGUAAUCAAAGCAAUUAUAGAAGCAGUCCUUUACCUAUUUGUCAAUCACCGAUAUGUACAAAUCCUUUGCAUUAUCAGCGACAGAUGCAACCUUCGUGUAAUUACAAUCAAACGCAUCAACAGAAUUGUUAUUCAGCUCAACAAUCUUCGCAGCAAUCUUGUCUGAAUUAUCAAAAUACUUCUCCUGUUCCAUACAAUCAAUGUCCAAGUUCUCGGCCUACUCAUCCCUCUUCUCAAUAUUGUCCACCACCUCCCAACUAUGCAUCUCAACCUGUUCCAGCACAAAUGGCAAGUCCUGCGAGUGGUCAAGUAAUAUCACCGGGGUCUCACUAUGCUCCUAGUCAUAUCAGUGAUCAACCAUUGACAUCUCCAGCAGCUGGUGCCUUGGCGCCCCAACAUACUUCUCAAAAUAUGUUACAAAAUUCUGCUCAACUUACAAGAAACUGUUCUCAAAAUCACAUGUAUCAUAACUAUUAUCCUAAUCACGGCUGUCAAGUACAGUUAAAUUCCAAUUGCAAUCGCAAUGCGGGCAAUCAAACGAAUCAUCAUUCCAGUCAAACGUGUAUAUCGGCCAAUCAUACGCCGAUGGGCCAACAACCUUGUACGCAAAUACGUUCGAAUGUUAAUUGCCAACAAUCGAUUCCACACUGCACCCAACAACCCAUUUUAUCUGGUCAAUCUACGAUAAAUCAUUCUAAUUCACAAUGUAAUCAAACAACGAAUCAAUGUUCAAGACCAGUUGUAACACCGAAUAGUCAAAUGACGAGUUUACAUCCGGAUCAACAAACUGGGAAUACUAAUCAGUGUACGCUGAUGUCACCACAUUGUUCGCAAAUGAAUGUUACAAAUCAAACCAAGGUCAUUAAUAACAUGAGCGGAUUACAGGAAUGUCAACAACAGGCACAAACGGCUAACUCAUGCAUUCAAAUGCAAACCUGUAUUCAUCCAAACGGUGGCCAUCAUCAAAAUAUUACAAAUGAUACGUCAAUGCCUAAAAGAACAUCCCCGCAGUUGUGUAAUGCAUUACAAAGUAAUGGUAGGAUACAACAACAAAUUUGUGGCCAUGGCUGUCAGAUGCGAACUAAUCCACCCAAUACUCAUCAAUAUAAUUGUAAUUGUCAAUGGGGCUAUGGGGAACAAUGCUAUCAAGAACAGGCCGGCACGAAUUUGUUAGAAAUUCAGUGCAAAGAUAUAAGCCAAUCGCAACAAGGUUCCCCGGUUAAACCACCACAAGGUAUGAGACAAGAUUCUUAUAGGAGAACAUUAGAGUAUGUGCAACAAUGCAGAAAUUGGUCUGGCAAUAUGCAUGAUACUAAUGUAUCAAGUUCUACUCAUCCUAUAUCUUUGCCACAGCCAUUACCAGCUAGCGCCAAUAUGGUUGUUAACGAUAUGACGUCAUCCUUAAGCUCUUUACUCGAAGAGAAUAGGUAUUUGCAAAUGAUUCAAUGAAUUAAUUUUCUUCCGAAAGUAUUUAUAAUAUCAUAAAUUUAACGAUAUCGCGCAUAUUACUGCCUUUCAAUCGAUAGACUUUAUGACAUAUUUAAGUGCCUUUCAUGAGUGCUGUUUGAUACAUUGUGCCUUAGUAGUUCAUUAUACCUUUUCUAUGAUAUUCUUCAGAAUAUAAAUUUAUUUUAAAUAGCUAUUUUAUAAAAAUAGCAUUAUAUAACAUUUAAUUCAGAGAAAAAUGAAGAGAGAAUUGUAUUUUUACAAAGAAAUAUGUCUUAUAAUAUACUAGCCAAGAAAUAUUUUUCUUUACUUAACAAAAUAGCUAUAUGCUUUCUAUAGAUUGAUUCUUUUACUUGUACUAUUUACACAUACGCACACGCUCACGUACACAUACAUAUUCACACGUAUACGCACACACAAUGUGUAGAGGUAUUUACUAUAGUAAAUUCAUUUGACUGCGCUAUGUACUUUAAGCCAUACCAUGAUCUUUGUAGAUAUAAUUUUAUGAUACACAUUUCAUACAAGUACUGAUUAUUGAAAGUGUGCCAAUUAUACUUCGUUUUUCUAAUCAUAAUUUUACCCGUUUAGUUCUCUGACGAAUAGUGCAAAAUGUGCACUGUGAUACAAAGAAUUUAAGUUAAUCCCUGGCGCCUGGACGACAAAAACAAUAAUAUUUUUUUUAACGAAAACUUUUGAAUUAUAAUUAUUGUAAAUCAUUUUUAAUUACAUAGAAUAUUUAAAGUUUUGUAAAUCUGUCAAUUACAUAUUUUAAAAUGAAACUUUUAUUAUGCGGUUAGUCUAACGUCAUCAUAACAAUUCAAAUUGCUAAGUUUAAACAUAAUGACAUAAUCAAAAUUGAUUUUGUAAAAAAGGGCCAACGCUAGAUUAAAACAAAUGUAGAUAAAAAGUAGUGGAAAUAGUUAUAAGUGUAAACAAUGCGAGAAAAAAUACAUUUUCAGUAUGAUAGUAUGAAAGUAUGAGUGAUAACAUAGGUUGAUUGUUUUCUCUUUUUUAUUUUUUUUUCUUUUUUUUUUUCAUAAAGAUCUUCGUGUAAAGAAAUUUAAGGAUAAUUAUUAUCAUCUAAAUUAAAUCAUUCGGUUUAUAACCGAUUGAGAUAAGAUUGAGUGCCUUUAAAAAUCAUUAAGAAGGUCGUUAAAUAAAAACGCUUCGAGAACAUAGUAACAUAGCGUACCUAAAAUGUGUUUUUGUUAUGCGAACAUUAUUUUUUUUUUUUUUUUUUUUUUUUUUUUUUUUUUUUUUUUUUUAUGAAUUUUAUUAAUCCAUUAUAUAAGACUAUGGAGAGAGUUUUGUGAAUACUAUACAUACUUAUCAUAUACAUAUAUAAUAAAAUUCAUAUGGUAAAACAAAAGGACGAAAGGUUUUACAGCCCAACUAUUGUUAAUUAUUUGACGAAUAAACAAAUUUUCUAAAUUA